AUGAAGUUCUCUGCUGUCCUUCCUUUCAUCGCUGCCGCUUCGGCCUCUUGCCUUCGUGGCACCUCCCUUAUGCCCCGUGCCGCUGAUGGCACCGUUGAGGCUAACUCCUUCAACUACACCAACCUCGGUGGCCCUCUGAACUGGUACGGUUUGGACAGCGCCAACAGCGCUUGCUCCACCGGCAAGUUCCAGUCUCCCAUCAACAUUGAGACUGACGAGAUCUCCUACGCUGCCGCCAACUCGGUUCACUUCCACGUCCCCAAGGCCGACAAUGCUAAGUUCGAGAACCUUGGCUCCGGCCUCGAGGUUGUUCUGACCAACGGUACUCUGUCUGCCAACGGCACCUCGUACAAGCUUGCUCAGUUCCACUUCCACACUCCUAGCGAGCACCGCAUCAACAACGAGUACUACCCCAUGGAGGUUCACUUCGUCUUCGAGAACACUGCUGGUGCCAUUGCUGUUGUUGGCUUUGUCUUCGAGCUCUCCCAGUUCGGUUACUCCACUCCUCUCUUCGACUCUGUCUUCGCUCACAUCGAUGACAUUGCCACCCCUGGUACCUACACCAAGACCGACCAGCUGGACUUCUCUGGCCUGACCCAGCACCUGAACUCCCACGGUAUCUACCAGUACUCCGGCUCUCUGACCACCCCUCCUUGCUCCGAGAGCGUUGCCUGGUUCCUGAGCACCGAGCCCCUCCCCCUGAACGUCCAGAGCUACAACGCUGUCAAGCACAUUCUGAAGUACAACGCUCGUUACACCCAGAACGCCCUUGGCCAGGACAACCUUCUGGAGGUUGCCGCUAAGGAGCUGAACUAA